AUGCAGAACGGAGAUGAUGAGGUAGCUGACGGUUCAAAGCAAAAGUGGAUUAACAAAGAGGAAGGGAAUGAUAACCACAGAAUAAUAAUAAAUUUUCGUAAAAGGCUUGAACUCUGCAAGUGUUGCCUGUCGAAUGACUUUGCCAUCGAGAAUUUGGUUGCUUGCGCGGGAAAAGAGUUGAGAGGGAGAGGCAAUUUUCCAGGAGAAGUGAUGUAUCGACACCCUAGGGCACAGAAUCUGAAGAGGGCGAAGAGGAUAAUUGCAUUGGUUUCUGUGGUGAGCAUUUUCUUGAUAGGUGUAUCUGUUUCUCGACCUGGAAGCUCUGCGUCCUGCUACUUGUUUCCUGCCUCUAAGAGUUGUACUUGGCAAGAGAAGCCUGAGAUUAUUCCUGCCAGGGAAUUAACUGAUGAUGAGACUGCAUCUCAAGUUGUGAUUACGGAAAUUCUCAAGAAACCUGUUAUGCAUUCAAAUAACCCCAAAAUUGCUUUCAUGUUUUUGACUCCAGGCUCCUUACCCUUUGAAAGACUUUGGGAAAGCUUUUUUAAGGGACAUGACGAUAGGUUCACUGUUUACGUGCACGCUUCUAGGGAAACAGCUGCUCAUGUGAGUCGUUUUUUUAUUGGAAGAGACAUUCACAGUGAAAAGGUGGAAUGGGGAAAAAUUUCAAUGGUUGCUGCAGAAAAGAGACUAUUGGCUCGUGCACUUUUAGAUCCUGAUAACCAACAAUUUGUCCUGCUCUCUGAAAGCUGUGUACCACUGCAUACCUUUGACUACGUGUAUAAUUAUCUCAUGUUCACAAACGUUAGCUAUAUUGAAUGUUUCGAAGACCUUGGUCCUGAUGGAAGUGGCAGGUAUUCAGAACACAUGAUGCCUGAAGUUGACAAGCAGGACUUUCGAAAGGGGUCACAGUGGUUCUCCAUGAAGCGGCAGCAUGCAGUAAUAGUUAUGUCAGACUUCUUGUAUUAUACAAAAUUUAGGCUCUUCUGCAAGCCAAACAUGGAUGGGCGCAACUGCUAUGCUGAUGAGCAUUACUUGCCAACUCUUUUUAAUAUGAUUGAUCCCAAGGGGAUUUCUAAAUGGUCAUUAACACACGUUGAUUGGUCUGAAAGAAAAUGGCAUCCAAAAGCUUAUAGGUCCUCCGACAUUACCUACGAUUUGCUUAAAGAAAUUACGACUACGGAUGAAGCCUUGCAUCUUACAAGUGAUGCAAAGAGAGUGAGAAGUACACCAUGUAUGUGGAAUGGAGUGAGGCGACCUUGCUAUUUAUUUGCUAGAAAGUUCUAUCCAGAUACUCUAGAUAAAUUGAUGUUCCUUUUAUCCAAUUAUUCAACAAUUUAG